CCAGUCACUUCCUCUCGCCUCCCCACACCCCCUCGCCUACCCUCCCGCCCCAAUUCUUGGAAGGAUUUGGAAGUGGAAGAGCUCCGGUGUCGCCUUCUGCAUUGUCUCCUCAUAAAGGAGAAGAAGAAAAAACAAUGACAGUGCAGCCUGCCCAGGGUCUGCUGUCCUUUGAGGAGAUGUCUGUGGACAAAUGUGAUAAGCUGGAGAAUUGCGGAAAUGCGGCCUCUCUGGACAUCAAGAGCCUACUGAAGCCAUCCACCAUCGCAACUCCCACUGACUUCGUAGAGAUAAUAAAUAACACCAGUGAUAAAACAGACUCCUGUGGAAGUCCAAACACCCUCACAGAUAAUGGACUGGAGAAUUCUGAUUAUAGACAACUGGAUCAUGUGUCAUCAGAACUAACUGUGCAUGAAUUAGAGGAAGAGACCUUUGAUGCUCAAGAUGGAUCGAGGAGACAGGAAAGAAACCAUACAGAGAACUUGAGGAAUAAAUCCAUUGUUCGCCAUGUCAAUGCCUUCCAUGAAAUCCCAGUCCAACAUGAACAUCACAAGGGGGAAAAGAGGCAUGAGUGCCCUCUGUGUGGGAAAACAUUCAAUUCUAAGUCUCACCUUGUUGUACAUUGCAGAAACCACACGGGAGAGAAACCAUACAAAUGCUUGGAGUGUGGAAAGAGCUUCCGUCAGAGUAGAAACCUUACUUCCCAUCAACGGAUCCACACAGGGGAGAAACCAUAUAAGUGCAUGGAAUGUGGAAAGUGCUUUAGUUGGAAUUCAAAUCUUACUUCACAUCAGAGGAUCCAUACAGGAGAGAAACCAUACAAGUGCUUGGAGUGUGGAAAGAACUUCUGUGAUAGCACACUUCUUACUAGACAUCAAAUAAUCCACACAGGGGAGAAGCCAUUUACAUGCUUGGAAUGUGGAAAGAGCUUUCGUCAGAGUAGAAACCUUACAUUACAUCAGAGAAUUCACACAGGGGAGAAACCAUAUAAGUGCUUGGAUUGUGGAAAGAACUUCCAUCGGAGAACGCAUCUUACUUCUCACCAGCGAGUCCACACAGGGGAGAAGCCCUUUAAAUGCUCAGAAUGUGGAAUGAGCUUCAGCUGGAAUUCAAAUUUUACAUCACAUUACAGGAUCCACACAGGAGAGAAACCACAUAAAUGCUCAGAGUGUGGAAAGAGCUUUUGUACUACCACACAACUUGCAUCUCAUCAGAAAACCCACACAGGAGAGAAACCUUUUAAGUGCUUGGAGUGUGGAAAGAGCUUCUGUGAUAGCACACUCCUCACUAGGCAUCAAAUAAUCCAUACAGGAGAGAAACCAUUCAAAUGUUUGGAAUGUGGAAAGUGCUAUAGUCAGAGAUCAAGUCUUACUUCACAUCGGAGGAUCCACAGAGACUCCAUGAGACAGAAACCAUAUAAAUGCUUGGAGUGUGGAAAAUGCUUCAGUAAUAGCACACAACUUAUUUUACAUCAGAGAACACACACAGGAGAGAAACCUUAUAAAUGUGUGGAGUGUGGAAAAAGCUUCAGUGAUGGCACACUCCUUAAUAGGCAUCAAACAAUCCACAAAGAGGAGAAACCAUAUAAGUGCUUGGAAUGUGGAAAGAGCUUUCGUCAGAGCAGAAACCUUACUUUACAUCAGAGAAUUCAUUCAGGGGAGAAACCAUAUAAGUGCUUGGAAUGUGGAAAGAGCUUCCACCAGAGAACACACCUUACUUCCCAUCAACGAAUCCACACAGGGGCAAAACCAUUUAAAUGCUUGGAAUGUGGAAAGACCUUUAGCUGGAAUUCAAGUCUUACUUCACAUCAUAGAAUCCACACAGGAGAGAAACCCUAUAAAUGCUUGGAGUGUGAAAAGAGCUUCUGUACUACCUCACAACUUACAUCGCAUCGGAAAACCCACACAGGAGAAAAACCUUACAAGUGUUUGGAGUGUGGAAAGAGCUUCUGUGACAGCACACUCCUUACUAGACAUCAAAUAAUCCAUUCAGGGGAGAAACCAUUUAAGUGUUCGGAAUGUGGAAAGAGCUACAGUCAGGUUUCAAGCCUUUCUUCUCAUCGGAGAAUUCACAGAUAAUCCAUCAUACAGAAACAGUAUAAAUGCUUGGAGUGUGGAAAGAGCUUCAGUAAUAGCACACAAUUUAUUUUCCAUCAAAGAAUCCACACAGAAGAGAAACCUUAGGAAUGUUUUGUAAUGAUGAACAUAGAUUUUAAAAGUUUGGAGUGUGGAGAGAACUUCAGAAGCAGCUCACUAGAAACCAUAUAAAUGUUUGGAAUGUAAAAAGAGUUUCUGGUGGAACACACACACCUUAAUUUCUACAGACAAAUGUACACAGGGGAGGCAGCAUAAAAUAAUCAGACCACAUUAGAAGCUUUAUAAUACUUCAAACUUUGGUAGACUUUAAAUAAUUCAAAGAUAUUAAGAAAGAAUUUCUGUGAGUGUGAAGUUUUUGUAACAACCAGCUGGAAUGGCAAAAUCUGGAGAGGAGGGAACGAAAGUUGCUGUUUUUUUCAGCAGAGUCGAUGGAGAGGCCCUGCAGUCCAGUCUCUUCCUCUCCUGCAUCCUGAUGAAAUGACUGUGUAGACAGUUGAAAAAGUGAUCCACUGUGGCUGGUCUUUCAGGAGAGCCAGUGGAGAAACCCUGCAGUGCCGUCUCGCUCUUCUGCAACUUGAUGAAACUUUGACCGGUCUAGCAGCCAUCCAGCUAAAGAUGGUUUCAAUGGGAGCUCCACUUUGCUUUUUUACUGAACAGCAGCAUGCUGGGAAGAACUGCUUCUAUGUCUUUUUCCUUAGAUCCCUUUUGCUACCUCCAGUGGGGCCAUUCUUGCAAAUCCUGCCAAUAACAGACAGGUCAUGGGUUAUUCCAGAAGGACAGCACAUUGUCCAUGCUUUACGUCACAAGUAAGGGAUCCUUUUUUGCCUGAGAGCUGCAUUCCUUUCUGGGUAACCGUGUGAGGGCUGCAUGCCUAUUGUGGGUGGGGUCAGAAGUGGGCAGAACAAUUAAUAUAAAUGUUACUUUUCAUAAGAUCCUCCACAGCGCAGAGUGGUAAGCGGCGGUAACGCAGCCGAAGCUCUGCUCACGGCCGGAGUGCUAUUCCAACGGAAGGAGGAAGUCGAAUCUCCGGUAAAAGGGGUUGAGGUCCACUCAGCCUUCCAUCCAUCCGUGGUCGGUAAAAUCAGUACCCAGCAUAUGCUGGGGGGUAAAGAAAGGCCGGGGAAGGAACUGGCAAUCCCACCCCGUAUAUACAGUCUGCCUAGUAAACGUCGCAAGAUGUCACCCUAAGAGUCAGAAACGACUCGCACUACAAGUGCGGGUACACCUUUACCUUUUACUUUUCAUAUAGUAGACUAGUUUCUACACGUACUCACACAUCUCCGUCCCUAUCCUCAAUUCAGACAAACGAAAGGUAUUAUCAAAGUUCAUGGACACCUGCUAACCAGGGCAACAACAUUUGGGAUGCGAAGCAGAGCCAUUAACAGGUGCGGUCUGGGGAGAGCCCUGGAAGCUCCUACUAGAAGGAAGUGCAGAAUAUAAAUCAAAUAAAUAAUAAAGCCACAUUUUGGUCCCUGGACCUGAGGUUCCCCACCUCUGUUUUAAUCUAUCUUUUGACCACUGUGGGAGAGCACUAAAAUAGCCUGGGCAACUUCUGAUUCAUGCUUAUUUUUAAUGUUACAUCUAUGGAGAAGCAGAUAGAAGGAGAUGCUCAGUGGUGUGGAUUGCAGUGGAGCACUUGUUAAGGAUACAAUAUUUUACAUGGUUGUCAUGAUAGGCUUUCAGUGGACUGAAACAAACAUAAUCGCCAAUCCACGGCAUCCUUACUUGGACCUAAGCCAUACUGGAACUUGCACCCACAGGGAAGUGCGCAUAAGAUUGCAGCCUACAUGCGUGUUGUAUUGGGACACUGAGGUUAUCCUACUUUGGAAACAUCAUGAGAAGACAUGAUUCAUUAGAAAAGAUAAUCAUGCUGGGGAAAACAGAAAGGAGUAGAAAAAGAGGAAGGCCAAACAAGAGAUGGAUUGAUUCCAUCAAGGAAGCCACAGACCUGAACUUACAAGAUCUGAAUAGGGUGUCUCAUGACAUGCUAUUGGAGGUCGCUGAUUCAUAGGGUCACCAUACGUCGUAAUCGACUUGAAGGCAUAUAACAACAAAGAGAUUGAGUGAAUUUCUAGAUUUAUGCUCUAAUUAUCUUUGUAUUUGCAUUUUAGUUUCUGUUGACCAGCAUUUGCCUAAAUAA